UGACUGACGGACGGAAGGUGAUUGACGGGGGGUUUCACGGCUCGCUAACUCCGAAGCUCCGAACCGAACCAAACCAAUAGACCGCUUCGGUUCGUGUCGCCUGGCUGGAACUCGAGUCGCGUUUCGGAACCAGGCACCCUUUUCGAGAAUGUACAACACAACACGUGGAUAAAUGCUUGUCCAACGUGUAGGCCGAAUUUAUGUGGUCCGCAGUGGCUCUGGCCUCGUUCAGUCUGUGUUCCAAUAAAACUUAACAAUAGAACUUACCUCGUUUAAGUAGCCAUUUCACGCGAAUCCAGGUUCUGCGAGUUUAUUCGCAAUUCACGACGUUUGAGAGGAUAGCUUGGCGUUAACUGCCAUGGGAUGUUCAUUCUCAAAGCCGGCGGUAAAAGGCGACACUAGCACGAAGCACGUGACAAAGCUUUCGUCGCCGAAGAAACCGAAACCGCCGCCGAUUUCAACACCUUCCGACGCUUCUGGCCGCUUAAAGCUUCCGAUUCACCUGACACCGAAAUGGCAAGCCAAGCCGGGAGAGCAACCACACGUAAGAGCAGACAUAUUCUCUCAGUGCUUGUGCACAAGCGCAGAAGCUGUGAAGGUAGACGAAGGUGAUGACAACGAAGCGGAGGAUGCUAAUGAUAAGGCCAAUCAGAAGGCUACGGAAGAGGAGGCUAAUGAUAAGGCCAAUCAGAAGGCUACGGAAGAGGAGGCGGUCAAUGUUAAGGGCAAUCACAAGGCUAACAAGGAGGCGAAUGAGAAGACGUCGGGAGCCGGACCGAAUGCAGCUAUAGAUGUGUCAGCUGUAGCAGCAGCAGCCGACCCCUUGACUGAAGCAAACGCGCGCGACGCCACUUGGUCCCCGGAUAUUCCAUCCAGGGAUCAGGAGAAUGGACACAGCACAUCAAAAGCAGCGGAAUCAGAAGCCAGCAAAUGUUCUCCGCCUGACGCUGAAGGGGGGAGUCCGGCAGUUUUGAAUCCCGAAAACGACACGGUAGAAAGUUCAGUGGUGGUGGCCGAUCCUCAGAACGAAAGUGGCGUUGCUGACCGAACGGAAAAGUCUCGAGACCGAACGGACGAGGCGGGGUUGGAGGAAAGCGAGACGACGGAUCCACCUUCACACGAGGCAGAUUCGGGUGCGCAUGAGACAGACGAGGCAGGCUCGGUUGCACGUCAGGCAGACUCGUUUGCUCCUGAGACAGACUCGGUUGCGCGUGAGCCGUUUAAGAAGCAUCGGAAGUUGAGCGUUGAGCUGCCUCCGCUGGUGACGGACGAGGAUGUGAUCGCGGACGGCGACGGCGAUGGCGUGGCUGAGCCCAUCGACGUGCAGACGAUCCUGAUGGACCUGGCGGAUGACGAGGAGGAGGAGGAGGACGACGAGGAGGAGGAGGAGGAGGAGGAGGAGGAGGAGGCGGAUGAAGACGAGGAGGAAGGGGAUGAGAAACGGCAGCAGCAGCAACCUCAGGAUCAGCAGCAGCACGAGCAGCGGCAGGAGCAGCAGCACGAGCAGCACGACGAGCAACCGCAGCAGGAGCAAGAACAGGAGAAGCAGAGGCACCAACCCAUAGACAGAGCUGAUGAGGCGUUGGAGUCUGAGCAAGGAAGGGUUUCCGACGACUCCAGCGUGACUAGUGCUCCUCAUCCCAGGGACCUUCCAGCGCGGAUGGCGAGUAUCACCCGUGCUGGUGAUUCUGAAGCUGAUGCUACGGGCAUCCAUAUAACCGGAGACCGUGCUUCUAGUGUGGCGGGGCAGACGGUGCAGGGUGUUAAUUCUGAGAGCAUUGACGAUAAGGAGGUGGAGGACGUGUUGAGAAUGCUGGAGGAGGGGACACAUGACGAGCUUCACAUGGCUGACAAGUAUGACAUGGCUGACAAGUAUGACAUGGCUGACAAGUAUGACAUGGCUGACAAGAAUGACAUGGAUGACAGGGAUGGCGGAACUGGUAGGGAGUUCUUAGCAACGGAUGUGUCGGCUGAUGACAAGCUUCACACAGCUGACAGGAUUGACGGAGCUGACAGACUUAACAGGCCUGGCAGGGCUGCGAAAGCUGACUUUGCUGGCAACGUUAAGGCCGAUACUGUGAAUACGAGCACGGCUGUCCAAGCAGAGCAAUUGGGACUGACAGAUGACAAAUUUGGAGAGGCAGACCAGAGGGGCCCGGCAGAGAGGGAGAGAAACAGCAGCAAUGAGCAGGCGGGCCAAAGUGGCACUACAGAGAAGGGGGGAGACAGCAGCAAUGAGGCAGGUGGGGAAUGGGGAGGGCUUGAGUCGAUGUUUGACCCGGAUGUGCUGGCGAGCUUUGAAGAGGACCUGAGGCGGGAGUGGGAGUACAGAGUGGCGCUGGCGGAGCUGGUGGAGCAGCAGGAGGAGGAGAUGGACCGAGAGGCGCAGCGGCGGCUGCAGGCGGACGCAAGUGAGGUGCAGGAUGCGCAGGAUGGGGUGCGUCAACAGCACGAGCAGCAUCAACAGCACGAUGUGGUGCAAGGGCUGGACGCGGAAGGGGUGAAGGAGGAUCAGUGGCAGCAGGGGCAGCAGAAGCAGGCGCAGCAGCUAGACUCAGGAAGGGCAAGACCUCUUGUUGUGGGGGGUCCAGGAAGGACUAGAUCAGGCAUGAGCGUGACUUCAGACGGCGCUAUCAUCAUCGACGGGUUGGAGGACUUCCUCAUGGUAGAAGCUGAGGAGGAAGAGAGGGAUUUUCUGCAGCAGCAGCAGCAGCCGCAGCAGCAACAGCAGCAGGGUAUCAAGUCUGACAACAAUGGAGAAUCAGCGCAGGUCCAUACACCAGUCAGGACGGCAUUUGAAGCAGAAUACGGGGUAGAUGAGGCGUUGGAAGGGGGAUUCGAGGCGGACUCCCUGUUUGAUCCGGAGCUCCUGGCCACCAUGGAGGCGGUUUUCCACAGGCACGAUCCCAACGACUGGCGCCGUCUCACUCCCUUGUCUAGCCCCAUGCGCCACGGGCCUGGCUCCCCAGCACCCUACUCCCCUGCGCCCAACUCCCCCGCAGCUGCUCUCUUCGCUCCGGGCUCUCCUGCUGCUGCGGUCGACGCCAUGGCUGCAGCUGUGGGCAGGAUGAAAAUUCCGGUUCGGGCUGGGCAGAGCCCAAGAAGAGGCAAGCCGCCGUUGCAGAGCCCAAGAACCCGGUUGACCAGCCCUCGGCCACAUGCUCCAAGCCCACGCAGGUCUUUCAGUGGUAUGAGUCCCCGCAGGGGGACAACGGGUGAGGCCCUGGGUGAGGCUCCUCGCAGGGGGACAACGGGUGAGAGUCUGCGCACUGCUGUGGGGAGAGACGGGCAGAGGCUGGGACAUGUGGGAGGCUCGGGGCGGGGCUGGCUGAUGCCAGAGCUGGUGAGAUCCGGGAGUGGAGGUGCUGUGGCCUUGGCAGGUAUGGUGACCCCUGAGUGGAGAAACACAGAAAUGGCUGGGCAGGGCUUGCAAGGAGCGGGGGGGAAGGAAACAGGCAGUGUGGAGAGGGUUGUGGAUGGAGUGGCUCAGACUGUGGCUCCAGCUGAGACACUUGGUCCAGUUGACUCGGCUGUUCUUGAGAGAGCACAUGCAAGCGAGGCUGGAUCAAUGGAAGGGGGAGCAGGACUUGAAGCAGCUGAUGUGGCAAUAACUGGCAGUAGAGGCGAGUUUUCUGCUGUGGUGGAGGGGGGGCGAGUGGGGCAGUCUGGAGACCCCAAGGUGGUGGGUAAUGCCGAGGCUGUGUGUGCGGUUAUGAGGGCGCCAAAGGGGAGUGGGAGCAUUUUGCUAGAGAGCUUUCCAAUGAACUGCCCACCAGGAGGGGACGGGAAAGUGGUUCUGUACAUGACAACGCUCCGGGCAGUGAGCGAAACUUUUGACGACUGUAUGCGAGUGCGACUUGUUCUCAGGGCGAUUGGAGUUGUGUUCGAAGAGCGCGAUGUAUCCAUGCGGGUUCACUUUCGUCAAGAAUUGAAAACACUCAUGGGAAGUGCAUCCUUGUCAGUGCCGCAUCUCUUUGUCCGUGGCCGCUACAUUGGAGGAGCCGAUGAUAUUCAACAGCUUCAUGAUCAAGGCCUCCUUGUCUCGAUGUUAGAAGGGCUCCCAAUCAACGUUUCAGCUAAAGGCAUGUCCGUAAGUAGGCGUUUGGUGCAAUGAUUACACAGCUUGUUAGCAAAACAAUGGCUUGUGCAGCCACCGUGUGCAUAGGGUUUUUUGUGUUUCGUUUAAUGAUUGAAAGUAGGGU